AUGGCGACUAAUAUGGAAGAAAGCUGGCUAGUUACACCUCCAUCGUGCUUCAGUGGCAAAUCUAAGAAGCAAGGAAAGGAUUCUUCAGAUUCUCUCGAAAAUUUGCUCAUAGAACAUCCAAGUAUGUCUGUUUACGGACCGCGCUCUGCCGAUAAAGGGCCUUCCCCCGAGCAGCCAGCUGAUGGCUCCAGCGUAGUUGCAAAGCAAAAUGGGGCGGCCCGUCAUGUUGCGCAGGGCAAAGUCUUUCUUUGCCAAUCGCAAAAGGAUAGAGGUCCGCUGAAGAGCUUAGGAUGCAAUUAUGGGAAUUCUCUGGCAUAUACCAAGUCGAGAAAAGGUAGUAAAAGAUCAAAUCACACGCAUCAACGCGCUCUUCACGGUCGCCAUUAUAAAAAGUUGAAUCGUAAAGACGGAAAACAUGUAGGAAUGGUUGGGAAGCGUGCGGCAUGA